AUGACAUUGGGUGCAUCGAAUUUUCGACGAUCGAGGUAGUUAACAUUGGUUGCUGUUUGUAUUUCACGAACUGAGUGCAUCAGUUAUUUGCAUCUUUGGAUAUUAAAAGGUGAAUUCAGAAGAAAUCACAAUAUAACAUUUGUUCACUGACCAACGGACAAGAAAACAAGGCUUACAUACGUAUGUAUGGACACAUAUCCUUAGU